UAAAAAAACUGAAUAAAAUUCCCUCGGCGUUGACAUUCUGUCCGCCUGCUAGAAUGAAACAGAUCCGCGUGUCCACGUGUUUUGUAAAUUUACAUAUUAUUUAAAUAUGUAGGCUUGUCUCUCCUAUCAGCAGAAGCUCGCUUUCAACGCAAACUCUAUUUGCCAGAUUCAGAUCUGGACGCACAAAUCGGAAAGCCCAGCGUUGUUGUACCGCCCUCACAGACACGUUGCCUUGGGAGAAGUAACACGGGGCCACACAACUGCAGGGCUACAUCACUAAAACCACGUACACCUCAUCAGAUUCUCGAUCAAGUUGCCUGUGGAUAUUCUUAUUGAAAACAAAGGAUAGAGUGACUAUUCGUCCUCUCUGGCUUGAGGUCAGUGAUGGUCUGUGCUGGUUAGACCUUGCAUCAUAAGAUGUCAGCUUCAGAUUCGGACUAUUCCAUUGACUGGCUGGCUAGUGAUGAUGAGGACCAUGAUAGCGAAUUAGAAUCAGAUUGUACCACAACACAGGGACAAACUACCAUACCAAAAUUCCCCUCCCCAGGGGUUAUCCAGCUGCCCCAGACUUACCAGACACUCUUAACAAGGAAUGGAGAUACAGGUGAGGUGAUGGACAAUGAAAGCUUGAGCUAUCAGGAAAGUUUUUCUUCCAGCUGUGAUAGUUCUUACUACAUCAAGGAUGGUGGCUAUUUUCACCUGGGACAAGAGAAACAAACAAAUUACAGAUGGUGCCCUGAGAGCUCUAUAGACAAAAAUAGACAGGCACAGAAGAGAACACGGAGUUACAUGGUGCUGGAGCAAAGGGAGAGGCUGCUUACACCUGAACAAAUGGAGAAAGACAGACUGUUUGCAUGCAAGUGCUUGGAGCUACAGUGUUACAUUCACCCUCUGUCCUCAAUCCUUAAUGGUCUCCGAUCAGGCAGAUACAGAGAACGCCUCAGCACUUUUCAAGAGAGUGUGGCCAUGGACCGCAUCCAGAGGAUAAUGGGGGUCCUGCAAAAUCCUUGCAUGGGAGAGAGAUAUGUCAGUAUCAUUCUGAAAAUGGAGGAAAUGUUGAAAAGUUGGUUCCCUAAUAUAAAACCUCAACAAAAUGACCAAGCCAAUACUGCAGUGCUGAUGGAGGAGACAAAACCAUCUAAGAAAUCCAAGUUGUCUCCAGCUACAUCUCCCCUGCUCACUGAAAUUGCAAACCCUGCAACCACAAGUGCCCUUUCUAUGGGUAACAAAGCAAUGAGAGUCUGCCAUCUCACUCCCCCUGGACCCUACUCUACAACCAACCUUAAAUGGCUCCACACAUCUCCUAUAUGCUCCCUAACAGCUAAACAGCCUCAGCGGACAAUUCAGAACUGUCUAACAGCCCACAAGGACAGGGACAUGACACAAGACAAUUCUGUGUCCUCCAGCACAGACCAUCUGUCUAAGACGAAGUCGGCUCCUAGUCGACCACCUCUAGCCAAGAUCAACGCACCAUGCCUUGAGAGACUUCUUAAAUCCACAGAAAGUAUCAUUACCCAGAAAGGCCCUAUGGGUUUAGGUAGUAUUGCCAGUGCAUGAUCUUAGUGCUGUGUGAGGGCUCUGGGAGAUCAGAGUCUGGCUAGAGCAUGACUGCCCCCAGCUGGUCUGGAAUUCCCCCAACUCCAGCUAAGUUGCUGCCUCCCUUUUAGCUUUGGGAAGCAGAGCAGAAUGCAGCAGGAGUUCAGCAUAGCUCUGCAAAACAGUGACACAUUCAGCUUAGAACUGAAAAGUGUUAGAGUGUGAUCUUUGUUUGUCCGAUGUGUACGUCAGCAUUUAUUCUCCUUCUUUUAUACUGCAGAGCGAGAUGUAGUUGUUUAUGUGUCUGCAUGUGUUGGGGCAGGAGGUUUAGAAAGGUUUUGUGACCUUGUCUUACCUUCAUACUUUACUUUUUCAGAUGGUUUCCUCUCAAAGCAAAGAAUGAGGAAAAUUAUCCUCUAGAGCACAGGUGUCAAACUCAAUUCCUGGUGGGCUACAGCUCUGCACAGUUUAAUUCCAACCCUAAUUAAACACACCUGAUCAAACUAAUUGUGUCUUUCAGGCUGGUUUGAAACCUACAGGUAAGUAUGUUGAGCAAGGUUGGAACUAAACUGUAUAGGGCUGCGGCCCUCCAGGAACUCCUGCUCUAGAGGCUGGUGUAUGUGAAAAAGCAAAUCUAGGAAAAAAAUAAAGCAGCCUAUUUCUUCAGAAAGGGAAGGGGAAAAGGAGGAAUAUUUUUUCUGGGAUCACUUCAGAUAUUCCAGUGUGUUAGUAAUCUCUUUUGUAGAUGUGGUUGGAUGUGAAUUUAUUGCUUUAGUUUGCUUUUUAAAUCCACUCUAUAGAGUUGAUUUGAUGUGACUGUUACUUCAUAGGUUUAAAAUUCUAGCUAUGUUUUUGGUACAACAGUUCUACCUCAGUCUGACACAGUACCCACUAUGUUGUAUGGAUACUGUAUGAACGUACAUGCACACAAGUAGACAGAGUAAUGAAAUGACUUAGGGUGCUUUCACACCUACACUUUUGUUUCGGAACCUGUCUCGUUUGCCCAGUUAGCGCGGUUCGUUUGGCAUAUGUGAACAGGGCAAUCGCGCUCUGUUCCUCGCCAAAGUAAUCGCUCCUAGAUCAAUUGAAUGAGGUGGUCUCGGCUCGAUUGAAACUAACCCUGGAGCAGUUCGAUUGCAGCGAGAAAGCGAUCCGAUCCGAGCGCGGUUAUAUCACAGUGUUUUAUAGAUAUGUAAUAGGCAUACGGCUAUAUAAAGAGAGAAUUAUGAGUAUGGCGGGAAGUUUUGCGAGUCUCCGGAUGCCCGCAAACGAGUGAUGAUCUCACGGUAAUCUCGCGUCUCUCUCCUAGUCCUCAAAGAGGCAUCGUCGCGCACCCCUCCCCACCGGAUCUCUCCUCAGACACGUCGCGCGUGCGCGCGCACCCUGUCAAUCACCAACAAACCUCCUCCUCUCCUGACAGCUGAGCGGGACACUGCAAAAUAAACCCUGACACUUUGACCAAUGUGAGGAGAGUU